AUUGGAUAACUCGUUAGUAGAGUCCAUAGUAGAGUCGAUGACACUUGCUAAGUCGGUAGGCCAUUGACCAUGAUUAUGGCCGAAAAAGAAAAGACGAAGAAAUUGGCGGCAAACCAAAAUGUUUAAAGGUUAUUUUUAAGGGUUUCAAACCUAUGUUUCAAACAUGUUUCAAUUCAUACAAAACAUUAGCCAUUAGCAAAUAUUAAGGUAUACCAAUAUUAGGUUUAUUGCAUAGUGUAGAGGUUGAGUGAUUUCUUUCACUUUAUAUUUAACAUCAGUAAUGGCCGGGAUCGAAAAAAUAACAAAAAAAUUGCAAAAUGCCCUCAAACUAAGCGGUUUUAAUAUUAGGAGUGUAUUUUGCUCACAGAUUGUAGAAAAGUUUUUAUCUGCAAAUAUUAACUUAAAUUCCAAAGAAAUUUUCAAUGAAACAGUUAAGAAUAUCUGUGUUAACUUAGAGCAGCAAUGUUUGUCUGGUCAUAGUAUCGAACAAGAACAUAUUGAUAAGAUCUUAGAGGUAUGCCUACAUUCUGGGUAUGAUCAUAAUGAAACAGUUUUUAGUGUCAUAAGAGCAUUUGAUUUUCCAAAAUUAUAUUACAAUCAAGACCGUAAAAUUUACCAAUACAAUCCAAAAAAGAGUAAACUACUAUCAGAUGCAAAUGUGAAAGCCAAAAUGUUUUUAGAUAGAUAUUCUACUGUUCUCCAAAGAACAAAACGUACAUUUGCACAAACUUUAUUGAAUGAUGAAAAAAAUCAUUUAAAGUUGCAAACUGUAGAUUACCUAUUAACAUUAUAUGAAGUACAGCUCGAUCGUACUUUGAUUUUAGGCUCUCUUUUGCAAGUUUCUGAGGGAAAGUAUUAUAUUGAAGAUCCUACAGGUAUAGUGGAGCUAGAUUUAGCACAUGCAAAAUACCAUCCUGGAUUUUAUGUAGAAAACACAUUUGUUCUUGUAAAUGGGUUUUAUGAAGAUAAGAUACUACAUGUUUCAACAGUAAUCUUGCCUCCUGGUGAAGAUUACGCUGCCUCUAGAUUAACGUUUGGCAAUAUAAAUUAUUUUGGUGGCAAAUCAGAUGUCCCUUUAAAGGAUUCCAAGAGAUUGAAGAACACAAUGGUAGAAAAUAAAGAUAAGAUGAUAGUCAUUCUAUCUGAUGUCUGGUUGGAUCAUCCCCAAGUGUUUGAAAAAUUGGAUAUGUUAUUUAAUAAAAUGGAACAGUUUGUUCCUCCAAUAGCAUUUGUUUUUAUGGGAAAUUUCUUGUCUGAAUCACAUGGUAGUGAAAUGAUGGUUACACUAAAGAAACUAUUUAAAAGACUGGCAGAAGUGAUCUCAAAGUAUUCCAUUAUAUGUAAUUCAAGCAAUUUUGUUUUUGUUCCUGGUUUAACUGACCCAUGCACUCCUCAUAUUAUACCAAGACUGGAAUUGCCUUCAUAUAUAACAGAAGAUGUAAUAAAACUAUUGCCAAAUGCAGUAUUCACAACCAAUCCAUGCAGAAUUCAGUAUUGCAAUAAAGAAAUUGCCAUUUUGAGGUCAGAUAUCUUGGCAAAACUCUUACAAAACAGUUUAUAUAAACCUUCCAGAGAGGACAUUCCUAAAUGUAUAACCAGGACCAUUAUAAGUCAAGGUCAUUUUUCACCUCUAAGUUUAAAUGCUUCAACAGUUCAUUGGGAUUAUGAUUAUUGUCUAUCACUAUAUCCAUUACCGGAUUUAGUUGUUAUUGGAGAUCGAUCAGAGGCAUUUAAAGAUCAAUACAAAAACUGUCUCGUUAUGAAUCCUGGUCAGUUCUGUACUGGUGAUUUCCCAUUUAAUAUGUAUUAUCCCACAAGCAGUUCUAUAGAAGCUAUAGUUGACUGUUGCAUUGAUGUGGAUGAAGAAAUGGAAGGCUGAAGUAAUAAGAAUAAAACUGUUGAGAAUUUAAAAGG